GUGAGACAGCCAAUGCGCCGGUGGUCCGCGCGGGCAUAGGUGUGUGUGAGACAGCCAAUGCGCCGGUGGCUUGACCGCUCACUUCGCAGGCGGCCGCAGCUUCUGCACGGGUUCAUCGGCGGAACGCUCGGCGCGUGCGGCGACGCCAUCGCCCAGACGAUCGAGCGGCGAAGGCCAGGCGCCGCCGCCCUCGGCGCCUUCUUUUCAGGGCUCGUGUACCCUCGCGUGUACGCUGUGCUCGACGCCCGGUGGCCCGGCACGACGGCGCGUGCGGUGUGCUCCAAGACGGCGGCAGACAUCGCGCUGCUCGGCACGGUCGGCAACUCCUUCUCCAUCGGCUGUCGGCUGAGGAUCGGCGGAGAGCAGCUGCCCGAGGUGCUGGUUGCCUUGCGAGACACGAUGCCGGCGGUCCUCCUCAACGAGUUGCGCGUCUGGCUGCCGUACAACCUGCUCGCUUUCCGCCUCGUCCCGACGCCAGUCCGGCCUGCCACCACCUCGCUCGUCACCCUCUGUUGGCAGGUGUACAUCAGUUGGACAGCGCACCACCACCAGGCGCGAGUCGCGUGACGGCCGCGGCGCGCGGCUCAGACGUUACACCGCGCGCGCGUCUUCUCUCACCUCUCGCUCGCCUCGUCAGACGCGAGUGUACGUACUCGUUUUUCCACCUCAGACUACAUGUCAUGCA